AUGUCGGUUUUUGACCCUUUAGGACUAAUUAAUCACUUUACAAGUUAUUUGAAAGUCUUGUUACAACAAAUAUGGUGCUCCAAAGUAGAUUGGGACGAUGAGAUUGAAAAUGAGCAACACGACCAUUGGCUGAAGUGGCUUCAACAACUUCAUGAAGUCGAAUCCAUCCACAUCCCCAGAUGUUAUACUACAAAACCAUCGAUAUGGAAUGAAGAGAGCAUACAGAUUCAUAUAUUCGUUGACGCCAGCAAAAACACCAGCGCGGCAGUUGCAUAUAUGAGAAUUCAGACUGAGUAUAAAGUAUCUUGCAAACUUUUAGCCUCCAAAACAAAAGUUGCACCGAUUAAACUUACAUCAAUUCCGAGGUUGGAACUAAUUGCAGCAUUAAUUGGAGCUAGACUUGCGUGCAGUAUUGGACAGUCAUUAAGCAAUCCAAUUACUAAAAUCUUCUACUGGUCGGAUUCGGUUACUCUAUUAAGAUGGUUGAGAUCGGAUGCUAAAACAACAGAGGGCCAAUUUGUUGCAUUUAGAAUUGCUGAAAUACAAGAACUAAGCAAUAUUGGAAAUUGGCGAUACGUACCUUCAGAUCUGAAUGUGGCCGACGAUGCAACUAAAUGGAAAAAAGGACCAUCCCUCAAUAUGAAUGAUCGUUGGUUUAAAGGACCCGAAUUCCUGCUUAGUGACGAAAUUGAGUGGCCGGAUGAUAUCUCACUGCAACCAAACCCAGGUGCUGAAAUCCUUGAGGCCGUUCACCAUAUCUGCGAACCAGCUAUUAAAUUUGAAAAUUUCUCAAGUUGGUUUAAAAUAUUGCGACUCACAGCCUUUGUACAUCGGGGUAUUCAAGUAAUAAUAAAAAGAAAAAUUGAAAUUAUUUUAUUUUCGAAAUUCCUGAUGUCAUAUGAGAUAUGA